UAGAAUACGAUUUUUCGACUUGUGAAACUCUUAGCUGAUCUGCUCUGCCUCAUUAGCCGCACCACAUGUUUUACCCUAAAACGCCCUUUGUGGGGAACCCCCUUUUGGAGGGCGACAUCCUGAAAGUAAAUUCAGCGGCGCUUGCUCCACUGCUGGAGUGGCUGUGCCGGACGCCCAAAGUGACCACGUAUCGAGUAAACACCCUUCGCUCUUCCGUCGACGCCUUCAGGAAAAAGGUGGAGGAGAAACUCGAGACACGCUAUGGUCAGGCCUCCCCAAAGGUGUAUGGCUUGCCGAGCCUACCCGAGGUGUUGUGCAUUGGUCCUCUGGCCGAGCGGUUGACCCAGACCUAUGCCGACCCCGAGCUGAAGGAGGUAAUAGUGGACACGAGUUGCGGAGCUGCGUUGCUCCGAGGUGCUCACAUAUAUGCGCCGGGCGUCCUUGCCAUGGAGUCCAACGCCCAGCUGGCUGAACUUGUCAGUGUUUACGCAGAUCUGACUGGAAAAUGCAAACGAGGGUCGGUCAUCCGCUACGACAGUUCCGAGAAGAUUUUCCUGGGUACGGGCAAGGUGUUAAUGCAGCGCUAUCAGCUUUUCAACAACUCCGACCAACCAGCCACCGGCAUCGCCGUGGAAAUGCAGGCCAACGUCAGCGGAGUGCCCCCGCUGGGCGACUUGAGCAACGAAGACGCACUGCUGCAGAACCUUCCCUCCAUUGUGUGCGUGCGCGUCCUUGAUCCGCAGCCCGGCGAACGCAUCCUGGACAUGUGUGCUGCCCCCGGCAACAAAACGAGCCACAUCGCCGAGCUAAUGGGCGACCAGGGAUCCGUGUUGGCCCUGGACAACUCUGCAAGUCGCGUGCGCAGCAUGCUGCCGAAACUGGCGGCUUACAGCAGCAUUACGGCGCACGUAUUUGACUCCACCAAGGCAGUGGCCCCUGACCCUGCCCGUAGUGGAGCGGUCCCUGGUCCUCCGUUUCCCUGCGGCAGCUUCGACCGCAUCUUGUUGGACGCGCCAUGUAGUGGCCUAGGCAACCGGCCUCAGCUGUCCUGCAGCAUCAAGAAGGCGAAGGUCCUGCAGUCGUAUCCCAACAUCCAGCGAAGGCUUUUCGGGCAGGCAGUGCCACUCCUGCGUCCUGGCGGCACGCUGGUGUACAGCACGUGCACCGUCACCGAGGAAGAGUGCGAGGGCCUGGUCUCCUGGGCUCUUCGCAAGUUUCCCGAGCUGCGCCUGGUAGAGGCUUCACCGCGCUGGGGCGGUCCAGGGCUUCCGCUUCCGGAUUUGGAUGCAACCAAGGCGCGCCUGCUGCAGCGAUUUGGACCCAGUGGGGACAGUACAGACACGGUGGGCUUCUUCAUAGCCAAGUUUCAGAAAGACUGAUAAUAAAUUAAUCUACUGAAAA